AUGUUGGUAUUAGGAUUAUCUGUUAUCGCGUUCGCAUUGUACUGGACGUGGCGAUCGCGUGUGACGUCACGUCUGGAACCCCCCGCUUACCCUGGAGGGAUACCGUUUAUUGGACACGCGCACCUUUUGAUAGGAGACAGUAUUUUUUUAUGGAAUGCUGUAAAGGAAUUGUCAUAUACCAGUUUGCAAGUGGGCGGUGUUAUAUCUGCUUCGAUUGGACCUAGGACUAUUUAUGUUGUAACAGAUCCUGACGAUUGUUUGACUGUCUCUAACGCGUGUUUACAAAAGGACAAUUUCUAUAAUUUUGCCAAGCCCUGGCUCGGAGAAGGUUUAGUCACUGGAAUACUGCCAAUAUGGAAGCAUCAUCGAAAGUUACUGAACCCAGCGUUCAGUCAGCUCGUGCUGGACGGUUUCCAGGGAGUUUUCAAUAGUCAAUCUCGUCGCCUGGUGAGAGACAUGGCGGCAGAGGUAGGGAAGGGGCCUUUCGAUCACUGGGCUUACACGAGAAGGAAUGCUUUGGAGACUAUUUGCUUGACCGCUCUGGGAGUUGAUUUCUGCGAGAACAGCGUCCUGAAUAGUCAGUACGAGCACGCGGCGGAGCAGAUGUUCAACGUGCUGGUGGAGAGGUUCCAGAAGUUCUGGCUCCACAGCGACUUUAUAUACAACUGGUCGAGUUUGAAGAAGAAACAAGAGAGAUGUCUGGAGAUACUACACAAUAUGUCAAAUACGGUUCUAAAAACACGUAAAGCUUCAUACUUAAAUAAUAAGAAGAAUGGAUUAGAAGCAUCGACAGGUACAAAAUUCAAGGCGUUUUUGGAUCUUCUACUAGAAUUAUCUAUAGAGAAAGGAGCGUUCAAUGAUUUGGAGAUAAGAGAACAAGUGGAUACAAUGAUAGUCGGAGGUCACGACACUUCGGCUAAUGUUCUUAUGUUCGCCUUAGUUAUGAUUGGAUCAUAUCCGAAGGUGCAGGAGCGAAUAAUCGAAGAGCUAUACGACAUUUUUGGGAACGAUGACAGAGAUGUGACAAAGCAAGAUUUAUCUCAAUUAGUAUAUUUAGAGGCCGUGUUGAAGGAAACAAUGCGGGUGUACCCCAUCGUACCUGUGACUGCGAGGUGGCUUGACAGAAAUGUCAAACUAAAGAACUACACAUUAACCGCUGGUCGCACAUGCUUUAUGUUAGUGUACGGGGUCCACAGACACGCCAUGUGGGGACCUGACGCUGAGGAGUUCAAGCCCGAACGCUGGCUGGACUCAGCCACUUUGCCGCACAGUCCCAACGCCUUUGCCGCAUUUAAUAUGGGCAGAAGAAUCUGUAUUGGUAAAACGUACGCCUAUUUAUCGAUGAAAACAACUUUGGCUCACCUAUUACGUCACUACCGAGUACAAGCCGACCACAGCAAGAUGAUAUUAAAACUUGACGUCAUGCUUAAACCCGAGUGCGGUCACUUCAUAUCCAUAGAGAAGAGAUGAAAUGUGAAUUACAAAAGUCCUAACUCUGUUCGACAAAAUUAUUAGUCCUUAUGGGCAUAAGUAACAAUAACCUACAAUAGCUAACUAACGUCCUCAUCAUAUCAAUGUCUUAAAGUACUACAAAAUGCUUGUCAAAGGAGUUGAUGACUUUCGGAAGAAAUUAGAAAAUACUGGUAACCCCUUAUUUGUAGACGGCCAACGUCAAUGUCAAAAUCUGACAUAAGAUCCUUGUGGGACUAUAUAGACUAUACAGAUUAUAAUUUUCAUUUGAAACCGACAAGGUUGUAAUUUUCUAUGACUACUAGCUGUU